ACGGCCCAUACACCUAGCUAGCGGCUUUUCUACAAGACUGCAAGCUAGUUAUUUGCCCAAUCCCCUUGCCGCCUGAUUGCUUGGCAAUUGUGACUCCGUGGGAACCUGAAAACGAGCCCAACCCGACGUCGCCCUUUCUUGCGCUUUCAGAAUACUUCUCUCACCAAUUCUGCGGCUUCAACUUGGUUUGUGUCUUGGACCAGUUUUUUCCAACACUCUUUCUUUCCUUUCAAAACUGCCAUCAACUCUUACAGUGCGACACUGAACAUGGACUGGGACCAUCUGGCUGAGGAGUCGUCCCGGAAGUUGUUUGCAAGUUGGCUCAAACUCCUGUCACCCGCCAUAGCACUGACACUUGCGGGUCAACACCGCCCUGGCCAUCAAGCCAUCGAAGCUUCAAGUUUCACCACUGGCGCUUUUAAUAUAUGCUGUACCGUCACAUUUGAAGAUGAGUUCCGCGUGGUUGUUCGAUUUCCUAUUCUAGGUCGAAGCCGGUUUCGCACAGAAAAGACUCGGGACGAGGUUUCAGUGAUGGAUUUUCUCUCAAGACGAACGCGGGUUCCUGUUCCUAUUGUUCUUGGUGCAGGUCGCUGGGGAUGCGGCCCUUAUGUUGUCACAACUUUUAUUGAGGGCACCUUGCUGUCCAAACAGCUUAGGGACCCUUCUGUGGGCUUAAGUGACUUGGAAAGAGCCUAUCGGGGAAUGGCCGACAUCAUGCUGGAGCUCUCGAAACCCUCCUUCCCAAGCAUUGGGGCUCUGGAAUGCGAAUCAGGGGAAUGGCGAGUGACCAAGAGGCCAAUGACUUUGAAUAUGAAUGAACUUGUGCGUGUUGGAAACCUUCCUCCGGCUAAAUUUACAAAGAAGAUUUUUCCAACAGCCGCUGAAUACUUUGAGGAACUUGCUACCCAGCAGCUUCUUCAUGUACAAUAUCAGCGCAACGAUGCCGUGGAAAAUGAACAUGAUGCUCGAAAGAGGUACAUAGCGCGCUGUCUUUUCCGAAAAAUAGCACGGGAUAUUCAAUGGGAACCAGGUCCCUUCCACCUAUGGUGUGAUGACUUUUGUCCAUCAAAUGUACUCGUCUCUGAGUCUGAUCUUACCAUUACUGGUGUUAUUGACUGGGAAUUUACUUAUGUUGCACCCACCGAAUUUACCUGCACUGCGCCAUGGUGGCUCCUGUUGGAAAGGCCAGAAGCCUGGGAGUCAGAUCUGAAUGACUUUUUGGCCAGAUACACACCAAGGCUCCAAUUUUUCCUCAAGAUCCUUCGGGCUUGUGAGGACAGGCAGUUGCGGAAUGGGACCUUGACGGAUUCACAGCGCCUAUCAGAUCGGAUGGAACGCUCUCUGGACUGUGGGCUCUUUUGGUUCUGUCUUGCUACAAGAAGGAGCUUCAUGUUUGAUGAUAUUUAUUGGACAUUUCUUGAUGAGAAGCACUUUGGUCGUCUGAACUCUCUAGAUGACAGACUCUCUCUUCUCUCUCGGGACGAGCUGGAUGGGCUGGAUGGGUUUGUUCGGAUGAAGAUGCAGCAAGUUGUAGAAAAGCGCUUGGACGAACAUCUGACCUUUGAUGAACUUGUUGACCUUUAACUCAAGUGGAGCCCACAAGAGCUUGUUGGAGAGAUCUAUCUUGAGGGCAUAAUGUAUCUACUGUUUAAUUUUGUAAAAUUUUUAUUCGUAGAUGGAUAAAUGCCAUAUCAGAGUUGUAGGAUUCAUACCUUGCCGUGGCUGUCCGCGAGACAAAAAUCAAACGCGGAAGUUCUAGUGAAUAAGCAUCAUUUAUAUUAGCCUGCUCAAUGCAUACCGUUUAACGUGUCCAAUUAUUUCUGUAAUUAGGUCCACUCCACUUCUUAGACAGCUUACUAAAUCAGCUAAAUAAUCUACUACAAGGAUGUUCCCCGAUUCACUCAAGAUUAAGCAAAUUUCCGAUUUUGUUGCUCUCCUUCAGAAUCCAGCGGGCCCCUUUGGCAUCGACUCCCAUGUCCUCCUGAACCAACAUCUCCAGCAGUUCCGGAACCAAGACCUCCUGGGCAUACACAACGGUCCCAUACUUCGACGCCACGCUAUCGAUGCCGGCCAGUGAGUCGAUAGCAU